AUGGCCACUGCGAUUGGUCGAGGCCUGACUGACGUCAGGGCGCGGGGCCUACACCGUGAAAGGGGGCGACAUGCGGCCAGACUGCUGCCGGCGAACUACGCUGUGGUUGAGUCGCGCCAUGAGCGUGCUCACACUGGAACCCCGGCCCGCGGGGAAGCGGUGGCUGGUGGCCGGUCUGGGGAACCCUGGACUGCCCGGCACGCGGCACAGCGUGGGCUUGGCGGUGCUGGGGCACCUGGCGCGGCGUCUGGGUGUGGCGGACACCUGGGCGCGCGACCGGCGCUGCGCGGCCGACCUCGCCGUGGCCUCGCUCGAGGAUGCCCAGCUGGUCCUGCUUCGGCCCCGGCGGCUCAUGAACGCCAGCGGGCGCAGCGUGGCCCGGGCCGUUUCUUUAUAUGCGAAAUGGGGUCAAUUGCGGCCCCUCCUCACGAGAGCCGUGAGUCGGGACAACGCCCUCUGGGCAGAUGGGCAGUAACCAGGGCCACCAUUUCCCUGUGCCAAGCGGAGCUGUUUGGGCUGACUGCUGAGGAGGUCUACCUGGUGCAUGAUGAGCUGGACAAGCCCCUGGGGAAAGUGGCUGUGAAGCUGGGGGGAAGCGCCAGGGGCCACAACGGAGUCCGUUCCUGCAUUAGCUGUCUCAACUCCCAUGCAAUGCCGAGGCUGCGGAUAGGCAUCGGGCGCCCCGCCCACCCUGAUACAGUGCAGGCCCAUGUGCUGGGCUCUUUCUCCGCCGCGGAGCAGGAACUGCUGCCUCUGUUGCUGGAGCGAGCCACCGACAUGCUCCUGGACCACAUCCGGGAACGAAGCCAGCGGCCCUCCUUAGGCCCUGACCUCAGUGAAUUCCUGCCCCCCUAACCACCAUGCCCACACAUCAGCCAGGUUCACAGAGGUGCCGUGCCAACCUGUGGUAUCCACUUUUUAUAGACCUCUUCUCUGGGCUGCCCCAGGCCACCUAUAGAUUAAAGAGAGGGGACUAUGGCCACAAUGGUCCACUUCUGGGAUGGGGAUUGGUCUUCUCUCUGUGUUUUACUUGGAAAGUAGAGAAACUUCAGGAAGACUAAACUUUUUGAACCUUU